GUUUUGCAAGACAGGAAACUAGAGAAGCAGCGAGGCAGAGCCAGAGCAGGCACAGACGACUCCUGUCAUCCUGAGGACGGGCAACAAUCUCCAAGAUAGUGGUAAAUCAGAAGGGGAACACGCAAGCUUUCCUGCGAAGGUAUUAUAGGUAUAAGGUUUGUUUGAUGCAUCCUUGAGAGACAAGAGGCAAAACUUGAGUCACACCCGAAAAAUCUGAAAUGGGCACUGAGGAGAUAGAUUCAGAGCCCCCAGCUCAACAAGCACCGAAGGAGCAGCGAUCACCAGAGAAGGAGAAGGAAUCUUCUGUGGAGCCACCUCCAGGACAAACAUCUGAGACCACCGACCCCCUCAAUACGUACAAGUGGCAUACCGGCUCCAAGGGAACGCUCAAUGAGGUGAAAGAAGAAGGAGGAUCAGCAGCUUCCUCCGCAUCUACAAUCAAUAAGAUCCAGAAGGCCUCCACUCACAAAUGGAACAAGAUGCAUAACUGGCGCAAAGCCCUGAGUGAGGAGACCGCAGAUAAAAAUCCAGGGAAAGGUGGAGAGGGAGCCAAACUGGAUAAAGGCACCGGUGGAGCCAGGAAGAACCCUUUCAGAAGGGCCCUGUCCGAGCCUCCGGGGUCACUGUUCGCAACCUCGACCUCUGCCUCCAGUGCAGCCGGCUCAGCGAAUGCAGCUUCAUCCUCAGCUGCUGAAGAAGCCUCAGGGGUCUCCUCCACAGACCCCUCACAGAGAGGAGGGGGAGGGGCGCUCCUAAAAAAGUACAUGAGGGUCGUUUCCCAGAAGUUCAAGAGGCCCAAGCUGCAGAGUCGGAGCAGCACCCCGACAUUACUGUCAGAUGUGGGAGAGGCUGAAGUGGCAUCAGCUGUACCCACUGAACUGCCCCGACUGCAAUGGGCCCCGCCUCAGGAGGUCCCCUUAUGGGACAUCAGCAACUGUAUGCUUGAAGAUGGACAAAUCCUCAUAUCCCCAGAGGAAGAGCCAAUGACGUGGACCCGAAACCGUGUCAGCAGCUGCCUGUCCAAUCUCAGCCUGCAGAACCUUGUAGAUAUCGACACAGAAUGUAGCCCCGACCAUGUGGGCCUGCAAGGUGGCCAACGACCAAAGAACCAAGAUGGUGGUGUGAGGGGACUGAUCAGGCGACGUCUGGAGAAGGCCAAGAAUACCACCACCCAAAUACACCCACUAACCAAAGGAAGCAGGCACUAUGGUUCCCGGGAGUCUGUGUCAAUUCCAGUUGGCGCAAUGGGGAGUCUAGAUCUGAGUGCAGACACCAGCACUGUCAUCAGGCCGGUCCACAGCUCCAUUUUGGGGGAGAAGUACUGCUUUGAGGUGAUAAGCUCCGAGAACACCCACUGCUUUGGCUGCUCCUCAGCUGCCGAACGUGACCGUUGGAUUGAGGACUUGAGACGGGCUGCCCAGCCCAAUAAGGAUAACAUUGAGCGUACAGAGAACUCCCUAAGUCUGUGGGUAAAUGAAGCUAAGGAUCUGCCACCCAAGCGGCGUUAUUACUGCGAGGUACACCUGGAUGGGACCCUCUUCGCCCGCACAAGCAGCCGAGCUGUUGGCAAGCAAUCUAACCGCUCCAGCCUGGCAGGGGACAACUCUACUGGGUCUUCAGGAGGCCUGGGAACCAGUGGAGGCGUGGCUGGAGGGUGUCAACUAUUCUGGGGUGAAUUCUUUGAGCUAGACAACCUGCCAUCUGUCUCCCAAAUCACCUUGCACCUCUUCCGUGAAGAGGACCCCAAGAAAAAGCGCUAUUCCAGAGAUGAGGUCAGCCUGCACCCACUAGGCAGCGUGGCUAUACCUUUAGCUGAUAUCCGAGGGAGGACCUACCAGGAGAAGUGGUAUCCAAUCACUCCAUACAAGGCCUCAGGCACAGCGGGGAACAAAGAGCUGCUGGGGCCACAAGCAUCACUCCGCAUCAAGGCCCGUCUUCAGAAUCUGCGGGUGUUGCCCAUGGAGAAAUACAAAGAGUUUGCUGAGUAUGUGACGGUGGAUUAUGUGGAAAUGUGCAGAAAUCUGGAGCCACUUCUGAAUGUCAAGGAGAAGGAAGAGCUGGCAGGAGCUCUGGUCCAUGUACUGCAGAGUAUCGGCAAAGCCAAGGAGUUCCUCAUUGAUUUGGGUGGUGCAGAGGUGGAGCGUCUUGGAGAGAAAGAGGCACUGAUCUUCAGAGAGAACACACUGGCCACUAAAGCCAUAGAUGAAUAUAUGAAGCUCGUUGGUCAGAAGUACCUCAUUGACACACUAGGAAACUUUAUCACCCGUCUGUACGGCUCGGUGGAGAACUGUGAAGUUGAUCCUCGUAAAUGCCCUGCCUCUGACCUGUCAAACAACCAGAAGCACUUGAGGGAAGCCUGUGACGAAGUGGUGCAGAAGAUUAUUGAGAUCCAUGGACCCUUUCCUGAAGAGUUAAACAAGAUUUUCUCCAGCUGGGUGGAGCUGUGUGAGGACCAGGACAGACCAGAGAUUGGCCAGCGUCUCAUCUCCGCUUCCCUCUUCCUUCGCUUCUUAUGUCCUGCUAUCCUAAGUCCUUCUCUCUUUGGUCUGACACAGCCUUAUCCAGAGCCAAACACCCUGCGUACCCUCACCUUAACUGCCAAAGUCAUCCAGAAUUUGGCCAAUUUCACCCUGUUUGGUGAUAAGGAAGAGUACAUGCUCUUUAUGAAUGAAUUUCUGCAGCAGCACUGGGAUGGAAUGAGGGGUUUUCUACAAACAGUGUCCAGUCUAGAUGCCGAAAUCCCAAUGACUUCCUUUGAUGGCUAUGUGGAUCUGCCUCUGCGCUUGGCUGUGCUCCAUGGCCUGCUGGUAGACAUCAUACAUCAGAGGGACCAGAACACCAUUGACAAGCUUCACCCUCUGCCUUCAAUUCUGAACCAGAUUACAGAGUCGCUCGGCCCUGAAGCAACUCGGAUCAGAGUUAGCCAAAUGGGACAAGCCAAGCCAGUGUAUGUUCCUCCAAAAGACUUGAGCAAGUUCAGCCCUCACCAGUCAUCUCUCCAGCAGCUUCCUGUGGAUCCCAAAAGCCUCCGAGAACAGGAGGGCAAAACUCGGAGGAGUAUGAGAGAGAGGAAACCAGUCGCCAGAGCUCAGAGUGUUCCACACAGACGACCCGGUAAUGCAAAACAUACCAUUAAGAGGCAGGCAAGUUCGGAAGCUCUGUCGACACCUGACCCGGAGCAAGAGCUCGAGAGCAACCAGCCACUUAUCUCACCACCAAAAACUAGUGCCAGUAUCAAACGUCCACCUGCGAUAGUUCCCUGGAUCAAAGACAUGCACAACAGAGAGUCAAGUGAGAUGAAGACUGAGAACGCAGAGUUCAACUUACUGGAUAGGCACGCUCAAGAGCUGUCAGAGCUUCGUCUGGGGAUAGAGCAGGUGACCGAGCGUGAGCUGGACAUGGCAAAGCGCCUGGAGGACUUCAUUAACCAAAGCCAGGACCAGAAUGCAUUGCUGCAGGCUGAGGUGACUGAACUCCGGAAUCUGCUGGCUGUGCGAGAAGAACAGCUUGCCAGUGCCACCUUCAGGCUGGGUGUGAUUGAGGAAGAAAGGGAGGAAGAUGAGAGGAAGCUAAGUGUUGCCAUUGCAGCAGCUGACAGGAUGAACGUACUGGAGGAGCAGUUUGCAGGCCUUAUGAAGGACCUUCACCAGCUCAGUGAGGCCUACAGCAGUGGCCAAAACAACAUACAGCAUCCUGAAAAGCCACACAUCAACAGCAACUGAACCCUGAUAGCUUCACCUUCACAGUUUUGUAUAAAUACAUAUAUAAUGUUCAUGUAGAAACCACUGCCUGAAGUUACAAUUUUGGUUUCCUAAUGAGAUGUAAGUUUAUUUUAAGAACAUAUUCCAAAUAGAUGUGAGUGGGCAAACUCCGGCUUAGGUAAACAUGAAAACUACAGAAUUUGUCUGCAUUUCAGCUUUUAACGUAUCUCCGCUACAGAUGCUUUUCACUUUAAAACCUUUCUGAUAAAUAAAAGAAAUACAACCUGAA